GGUUGCUGUUAUUGUUCAGUAUUGAUCAGAUUCUCAUUAUGACUUCUCCCUGGUGGACAACAGCGCAGGUGAAGAUGAGGUCAAGGACCAGCGACAUGGAGGGACCAGAGAAACCGCUCGCUAAAAUCCACAACACAGAGAAAGAGAGAAGCAUGCUGGAGCAGAUCAAGAAGAAACCCAAAGGUCAGAAGGAAAGCAGCGAGCAGAAAGUUCUUGUUUCUGGGACACUAAAGAAAUCACAGAAACCUUGUGAGAAAAAUCAGAGGAAAGCCGGACUGCUGGAGCUGUCUAAAGAAGAUCUCAUUCAUCUUCUAGGAGUCAUGGAAGGAGAAGUUCAGGCACGUGAGGACAUUAUCCAUAUGCUCCAGUCUGAGAGAACACGGCCAGAGGUUCUGGAGGCUCAUUACGGUUCUGCGGUUUCCAUCCAACCACUGCAGGCUUUACAGAGAGACAGUCUGAUGACCGGCACUGAUAUGACUAGAGAUGAUGUCUAUGACAUUCCCAUGAUAGAGCUGGACCGUCUGGAGGAGAAACAUCGCGACACAUACAGACGGAUGUUAGAACAGCUUCUGUUAGCAGAGAAGUGUCACAGACGGACGGUCGCCGAACUGGAGAGUGAGAAACGCAAACACGUCGACUUCAUGACUAAAAGCGAUGAUUUCACCAACUUACUGGAGCAGGACAGAGAACGACUCAAGAGAUUGUUGGAGCAAGAGAAGGUGUUCCAGGCUCGCAAAGACAAGGAUCACAGCAAACGUCUUCAGAAAGUUCAAGAAGAGCUGGUCCAGCUGAAAUCAUUUGCACUAAUGCUGGUGGAUGAAAGACAGCUUCACAUUGAUAAGAUCGACCAGCAGAAACAGAAAGUCCAGGACCUCAGCGAAAAGCUACAUGAAAGAGAGCAACAAUUGGAGAUUGCCGACAGCAAAGCUAAAGAAGACGGCCAGAAGAUCCAGAGGUUGGAGCUGGACCUUGAACAUAAGACCUCCAAAUUUACACAAGAUCAUGAGGAGAUGACCACCAAACUAGCCAAGCAGGAAUCUGAAAGCCGACAGCUGCGUCUGAAGUUGGCCAGCCUGUCACGCAAAGUCGAGGAGCUGGAGGAGACCAAUGGUACCCUGCAGAAAUCUGAGGAAGAUCUGCAGGACCUGCGGGACAAAAUAAGCAGAGGUGAAUGUGGAAACUCGAGCCUCAUGGCUGAGCUGGAGAACCUUCGGAAGAGAGUGCUGGAGAUGGAGGGCAAAGACGAGGAGAUCACGAAAACUGAGGCGCAAUGCAAAGAGCUAAAGAGGAGGCUUCAGGAUGAGGAGAACCACAGCCGUGAGCUGAAACUAGAAGUAGAAAAACUGCAGAAGAGAAUGGUGGACCUGGAGAAACUGGAGGGAGCUUUUAAUGUGAGCAAAUCUGAAUGUGCUCAACUUCACACCAACCUGGAAAAAGAAAGAGCGCUUACAAAGAACUUAGCCUCUGAGCUAGAAACGGUUAAAAACCACAUGAAAGAUCUCGAGUGCUCGGAAUCGAGGUUGGAAAAGGUUGAGAUGAGUUUAAAAGACGACUUGACCAAACUAAAGUCGUUCACUGUGAUUCUGAUGGACGAGAGGAAGAACAUGGCUGAGCGAAUUAAACAAGAGGAGAAGAAAAGUGAAGAGUUGAGUAAAAUGUUAAAAGCGGAGCAAUGCAAAGUCACGGACGUCACCGAAAAGCUGAUCGAGGAAAGUAAAAAGCUUCUUAAAUUAAAGUCAGAGAUGGAGACGAAAGCGUCCGCUCUUAUGAAGGAAAAAGAGGACCUGAAGUCUCAACUCGCAAGCGGAGAAGAGAAAAUGAAGGAUCUGAACGAGAAGGUAUGUCAGAUGCAGAGUAAAAUGGACGAGCAGGAGGAGGCCAAGUAUAGGAGAUCAGAUAAGGUGGGAUUUUCUGAAGAGGACAACAAGGUUAAGGAGCUGACCCAGGAGAUCGAAAGACUCAGGAAUCGCCUUAAACAGCUUGAGGUUGUGGAGGGUGAUUUGUUGAAGACAGAGGAUGAGUAUGACAUACUCGAGAAGAAGUUUCGAACUGAGCAAGACAAAGCCAAUGCCCUGUCCCUGCUCCUGGAUGAAAUGAAGACACAGAUCACCAAGAACAAAGCCAUAGAGAAAGGAGAGUUGGUGACCCAAGAAGCCGAGCUCAGGCUACGUUGCCGAAUGGAGGAGGCCAGAACGAGAGAUCUUCAGACUGAUGUCCAAGCUCUAAAGGAGAAGAUUCAUGAGCUCAUGAACAAGGAAGACCAACUGUCCCAGCUUCAGGUGGAUUAUGCGGUUCUCCAACAACGGUUCAUCGAAGAGGAGGAUAAAAAGAAAAACAUGAGUCAAGAAGUCCUUAAACUAACCCAAGAGCUGGAAGCCACCAAGCGAUACAGCCGCGCCCUUAGACCGAGUAUGAAUGGAAGGAGAAUCGUGGAUGUUCCUCUUACUUCCAUUGCAGUACAGACCGACGUGGACAUCAACGAACACGCUGAGGACGAGACUGCGGCAGUGUUCAUUCAGAAGUCGUUCCAAGAGGAAAAUCAUAUUAUGAGCAAUCUGAGGCAAAAAGGUCUCAAGAAGCCGGCGGUGCUGGAGCGUUACCCUCCAGCAGCCACAGAGAUGGGAAUGAGGAAACCAUGGACGCCUUGGAUGAAAAAGAAAGAAGCAGUAACUAUCACACAAGAGGUUACGUCAGGCAAAACAACCCAACAGGUCAACGGAACAACGACCACGUCUCCGAAAACAGGUCGACCCCUCCAUAUUAGGGUGACACCAGACCAUCAGAACAGCACGGCCACAUUGGAGAUAACCAGUCCACGUGCUGAGGACUUCUUCGCCAGCACCACUAUCAUCCCAACUCUUGGUCUCCAGAAGCCUCGGAUAACUAUCGUUCCUACAUCUAUGCUGCCAAAGUCCAAGGCCAAUGGAGGACCUGAGCGGAUGAAGUCCCCGGUUACUAUCACAGCCAUCUCCAGAGCUAAAUCUCCAGAGAAAACUAAAGGCUCGCCGAUGGAGCAUCCUGCCUCUCCUAUGUCCAUCAUCACUGUUAGUGCAACGCCAAUCUCCCAGGCGUCCAUCUCCCCAGAACCACAAGAGAUGACCAUGGGCAGGGCUGUGUUCAAGUUAACCCCUGAAAAGCAAACCGUUCCUACGCCUGUCCGAAAGUACAACUCCAAUAUAAUCACCACAGAAGAUAACAAGAUUCAUAUCCACCUGGGGUCACCUGGGUUCAAGAAAUCUCAAGAUGAUAAAAGCGGCACAGUAACGGUUUGGCCUAAUGGUGUAAGUUCAGACGGUAAGGACGUGUGUACGGGAACAGUUCUGCGUUCUCCUCGACAGACUUCUGCUAAUUUGGAGAACCCCGGCAAGAUGACCAGCAGCAUCACAAUAACUCCCAUCACCUCGGCUCCUUCGAGAUCCACUCAGUCUGUAUUGCUUCUGAAAUGUUUCAAAAUGAUAUCAGGGGGUGUCUGCUCCCUAGAUAGCUCUCUUUCAAGCAUGGAACGAAUGUGCAGUCAUCUCGCUCCACAACAACAAGAAUCCCUGUGUCAAAAGAGAAUGUUGUGCCCCAUGUGAAUCGAGAGGGGCGCUGAGAGUUUGUAUCAGAUGAGUUCAGAGCGACAUUGAGCCCUGCACAUCACUCCGAGAAUGUGAUGUAGAUCCAUCAAACCUGCUUGGUGGAAGCACAAAGACCCGUAGUUUGGUGGCAUGUGUGCAUGUUUUCACAUCACACAAUGAUGUUUUAUGAGAGUCAGGCAGAUCAAGUGUUAAAAGAGGAAAAAAACUGAAAAUUGAACCGAGACUUUGAGGUCAAGAUGAUGUCAAUGUGAAAAGCCAGAGUAUGUUAGAAGCAGAAAGCCAGAUGUUUGUAUGGAUUCUGAUAGACACAUUGCUUUAGCUUGAUGCAAAUUACUUAUUGUUCAGAUAAAUUCCCCUUUUCUGAGUCUAAUUUGGUCAAAUUAUCCACUUUGAAUCAUUAAAAUGUCUUGAGAGGCCUAUAGGAUUAAAUACAUACACUGUUAAAAGUGAAAAACGUUGAUCCAACUGUUCAUUUGUUACAGUGUAGAUGUUGCAAAAGCAUUAACCAUUUUUAAUAUUAUUAUACUUUCAAUGUCUCACCUUUCAUUAGUUUGCAAUCCCCUAUAUUUACUUUAUUAAUAUUAUUGUGGAUGAUUGAUUCAUCAACGCAUAAUCUAAACAAGAAAUGUUUGUUUUGAUAAUAUUUUACCAUGAUAUAAGUUCAGUUGCUGCUUUUUAAGAAAUGUUUUCAUCUUGCUAUUAUGUAAUGUAAAUGUAAUGAGUGAAACACAUAAAGAUGAUCUGGAGGAUGAGAUGAAUCUUCUGGAGGAGCUUUAUGGGGUCCUGCACAAUACUGUAAGCACAGACAAGUUAAUUCAACUUAAAAGCAGGGGAAUUUGUUGUCCUUGCUGUCCUAAAAUGACAGUUUUGCCUUGUUAAACACACAAGUAACUUUAAUUUAAAUCUACUUAAGAUAGCUAGAUUCAUAAAUUAAAAUUUUUCAUUCACUGAACAUAAAAUGUCUCGUUCCAACAAUAUAUUCUUGUUAGAUUAACAAAACAUUUUGUUAUACAUACCAUCCUGUUCAGUUACCAGUAUGAGAAACUUUAUUUCAUCUUAUUUUAACAGUUUUAUAAAAAAAUUUAUACAGCAAAAAAUAUAUAUUUUUAAA